CGUGUACACACCUCCCACAUUCCCCGCUCGCAGCUGCAGCGCUCGGCUCUCUGCACAGAUCGACAGAGGCGAGCCGAGCGUGAGGCUGCCCGCUCGACCUCCCUCUCAGUGUGCGUCUCUUUCUUUCUCUCUCUCGCGAGCCAGCGAACUCGCGCGCGCAGCCGCGCGCACACCCGCGCGUCCAGCCCAAGAUUCCGUUGCGGAUUAAUAAAUAAUAUCUCGGGAGUGCCGGCUCCGCGCGCGACGUGGUUGUGGAUCGUGAAGAUAUGUCGGAGCGUCGAACGGGCGGGUGAUACGACGGUAAGGUUUUGUCUGAUCUAGAACGUCGAGGCCACCAGGUGACUCUGGUCCGCAGCAGCUCCCCUCCGCUUUGACCCGCCGCCUGCGAUCGCCCGAGCCAUCCGGGAUGUCGCCGGUGUUCACCCGCUUGCCGCUGCUGGCCAUGGUGGCCGGCGCUCUGCUCGUCUGCCUGGCCUCCUGCUCCCGCGCCGAGACGCCACCGCGGUUCACCCACCCGCCUGAAAGCCAGGUCGGGGUGUCGGGCGGCGUGGCGUCCUUCGUGUGCCGGGCCACCGGCGACCCCAAGCCCAACAUCACCUGGGCCAAGAAGGGCAAGAAGCUGAGCUCCCAGAGGUUCGAGAUCAUCGACUACGACAAUGGAGCGAGCUCAGUGCUGCGCAUCCAGCCGCUGCGGCCGGCGCGUGACGAAGCCGAGUACGAGUGCGUCGCCUCCAACGUCCUCGGCCAGAUCUCGAAGAGCGUCAAGCUGAGAGUACUGCGCGAGGACCAGGUGCCCCCCGGGUUCCCGCGCAUCGACAUGAUGCCGCAGCUGAAAGUGGUGGAGCGGACCCGCACCGCCACCAUGCUGUGCGCCGCUACGGGCAACCCGGACCCCGACAUCCGGUGGUUCAAGGACUUCUUCCCCGUGGACACGCAGGCCAGCGCCGGGCGCAUCAAGCAGCUCCGCACCGGCAGUGGCCCUAUCAGAGGCGCCCUGCAGAUUGACCUGAGCGAGGACUCGGACCAGGGCAAGUACGAGUGCGUGGCGUCCAAUGACGUCGGCACGGUCUACUCGGCUCCCGCCAACCUCUACGUGCGAGAGCUGCGACCAGUGAGGCACGUUCCUCCGCGGUUCUCGAUUCCGCCCAAGAGUCAGGAGAUCAUGCCGGGUGGCAGUGUGAACGUGUCCUGCGUGGCCGUGGGGUCGCCCAUGCCCUACGUCAAGUGGAUGUCGGGGGGCGAGGACCUGACCCCCGAGGAGGAGAUGCCCAUCGGGCGCAACGUCCUGGAGCUGAGCAACGUGCGCGAGAGCGCCAACUACACCUGCGUCGCCAUGUCCUCGCUCGGGGUCGUCGAGGCCACCGCGCAGGUCACCGUCAAAGCGCUGCCCCGGCCUCCGUCAAUGCCGGUGGUGACCGAGACGACGGCGACGAGCGUGACGCUCACGUGGGACUCGGGCAACGCCGAGCCCAUCACCUACUACGUGCUGCGCUACCGGCCCGUCACCGGCGGCGGCGGCGGCGCGCCGGACGGCCGCGGGCACUACCAGGAGAUCGACGGCGUGGCGACGACGCGCUACACGGUGGGCGGGCUGGGCCCCUACUCCGAGUACGAGUUCCUGGUGGCGGCCGUCAACAACAUCGGGCGCGGCUCGCAGAGCGACGCGGUGCUGACGCGCACGAGCGAGCAGGCGCCGUCGAGCCCGCCGCGCAACGUGCAGGCGCGCAUGCUCAGCGCCACCACCAUGCUGGUGACGUGGGAGGAGCCCGAGGAGCCCAACGGGCAGAUCCGCGGCUACCGCGUCUACUACACGACUGAGCGCGGGCAGCCCGUGAGCGCGUGGCUCAAGCACAACCUGGAGGACAGCCUGCUCACCACCAUCGGCAGCCUCACGCCACAAGCCGACUACACGGUGCGCGUGCUCGCGUUCACGUCGGUGGGCGACGGGCCGCACUCCCCGGAGCUGCACGUCAAGACGCAGCAGGGAGUGCCGAGCCAGCCGAUUAACCUGAAGGCGGAGGCCGAGUCGGCCACCAGCGUCCUGCUGUCGUGGAUCCCCCCGCGGCAGGACUCCAUCAUCAAGUACGAGCUACUUUACCGGGACGGCCCACUCAGCAAGGAGCAGGUCGUGACCUUUGAACCCAGCAUGACGUACCUGCUGGAAGGGCUGCGGCCAAACACGCUCUACCAGUUCCGCUUGGCGGCACGCUCGGAGCACGGCCUGGGGGCAGCCACCUCCAUCGUCACCGCCCAGACGCUGCCCUCAACCCCGUCGGCCGCCCCCCAAGACGUCUCCUGCUCGAGCCCGGGCUCCACCUCGCUGCUGGUCUCCUGGCAACCACCACCGGCGCACGCCCACAACGGCCCCAUCGUGGGCUACGCCGUGCGCUACCAGGCGCUGCCCGACGGGCAGGGCCAGGACGGCGCGACGCGAGAGGAGGCCGUCGAGAUGGGGGCGGCCGCGGGCGACGCGGCCGCCCGCGGCGAGCUCCUGUGGACCCUGCAGGGCCUGCAGAAGUGGACCGAGUACCGCGUGACGGUGGUGGCCUACACCGCCGUGGGGGCCGGGCCAGAGAGCCGGGCCUGCACCGUGAGGACGGAUGAGGAUGUGCCGAGCGGGCCGCCCCGCCGCGUGGAAUCGGAGCCGCUGAACGCCACGGCGGUGCGCGUGUCGUGGCGCCCGCCGGCGCCCGGGCGGCAGCACGGAGCCGUCCGCGGCUUCCACGUCCACCUGGUGCGCGUCGUCAACGGGGAGCCGCGCGGGGCGACGCAGCUGCGCGACGUCAUGCUGCCCGACGCGCAGGCGGACGCCAGCGAUUCCACCGAACACGAGAUGAUUAUCGGGGCCCUGACCCCCGAAACGACGUACUCCGUGACAGUGGCGGCAUACACGGCCAAGGGAGACGGGGCCCGCAGCAAACCUCGUCUGGUCGUCACGCUCGGAGCAGUGCCCGGCCGGCCCCGUCUCUCCGUGAGCUACACCCAGGCCAACACGGCGCUGGUGCAGUGGCAGGCGCCCAUCGAGACCCACGGCGCGCUGCUCGGCUACCGCCUCGCGUUCGGCCGCGCCGACGGCGACCGCCCGACCUCCCUCGAUUUCUCGACGCGCGAGGACCACUACACGGUGACGGAGCUGCACCGCGGCGCCGUCUACUCGUUCCGCCUGUCGGCGCGCAACCGCGCGGGGCUCGGCGAGGAGGCCACGCGCGAGGUCGUGACCCCCGAGGCGGCGCCGUCGGGCUUCCCGCGCGGCCUGCGCGUGGUGGCGGCGACGGCCACCGGCGUGCAGGUGGCCUGGGAGGCGCCGGCGCUCCCCGAGCGCAACGGGCGCGUGUCGCGGUACACGCUGUCGUGCCGCGACAUCGACGGCGCCGCCGAGCAGCUCGCCGAGGUGGAGCCGGCGCCGGGCGCCGACGCGACGACGGAGCAGGCGCUCGCGGGGCUGCGCGCCGGCGCCACCUACGACAUCCGCGUGCGAGCGCACACGGCGCAGGGCCCCGGGCCCUACAGCCCCAGCAUUCAGGCGCGAAUUGCGCCAUCGGGCACCGGCGACAGGGCAGCUUUCGUGAAGAACUUUGGGGUGAAGUCGGUGAGCCGCUCCUCGGCCUUGCUCACCUGGGAGCUGCCGGACUCCUACAGCCCCCAGCAGCCCUUCAAGAUCGUGGUGAACAACGGGCAGCAGAUCGAGGUGGACGGCUGGGCGACUCGCAAGCGCAUCGCCGGCCUGCUGCCCAACACCGAGUACUACUUUGGGCUCGCGAGCCGCGGCGACGGCGCCGGGGGGCUCCAGCAGGAGGUGGGGGUGCGCACGGCUCCCGACCUCCCACAGGGAAAGCCGCUGGCGCUGGGCCGUGUGCGGCCCGACGGCACGCUGCCCACCGAGCUGCCGGACCCACCGGAGGAGGUCAGCUUGAGAGCGUACUACGUGGUGGUCGUGCCGCUGAAAAGACACAAGGGCCGCUUCGUGAAACCGGCCGAGAUUCCCGACGAUCUGGACCUCGACGAGAUCGUGGACGGCGGCAGCCAGCAGCGGAGGAGGAGACGGAGGCGGCACGGGCCCGUGGCACGUGCAGCCCGGGACGUCGAGGGGCCGCGGCCCUAUGUGGCGGCCCGCUUCCCGGGGGGGCGGCUCCCCGCCGACUUCACGCUGGGCGACGGGCUGGAGUACGGCGGGCACGUGAACCGCCGGCUCUCCGCCGGGCAGGACUACGUCUUCUUCGUGCUCUACGAGCUGGAGCCACACGAUGCGGGCAGCCGGAUGUUCGUGGCGAGCCCCUACUCGGAUCCCGUCGUGUCUCCCGACCCCGAGCCGCUGCCCAUCACGGAGGAGGAGGAGGGCCUGCUCUGGGUGGUGGGGCCCGUGCUGGCCGUCGUCUUCAUCAUCUGCGUCGUCAUAGCGAUCCUCCUCUACAAGAGCAAACCGGACAGGAAGAGGAGCGACUCGGACCCGGGGAAGCCGAUGCUGCCAGGAGGAGCGAAGGAGACGUCGCCCCUGCACACGUCGGACCCCGUGGAGAUGCGGAGGAUCAACUUCCAGACUCCAGGUUUUCCUGCAGGCAGUCUGCCCGGCGAGCUGGCCGCCCCCCAAAGCAUGAUCAACCACCCUCCGAUCCCCAUCGCGGAGCUCUCCGACCACGUCGAGCGACUCAAGUCCAACAACAACCUCAAGUUUUCGCAGGAGUACGAGUCGAUCGACCCCGGGCAGCAGUUCACGUGGGAGCACUCGAACCUGGAGGUGAACAAGCCGAAGAACCGCUACGCCAACGUCAUCGCGUACGACCACUCGCGCGUCAUCCUGCAGACGCAGGACGGAGUCCCGGGCAGCGACUACAUCAACGCAAACUACAUGGACGGCUACCGCAAGCAGAACGCCUACAUCGCCACGCAGGGCCCGCUGCCCGAGACCUUCGCCGACUUCUGGAGGAUGGUGUGGGAGCAGCGCAGCUCCACCAUCGUCAUGAUGACACGCCUGGAGGAGCGGUGCCGGGUGAAGUGUGACCAGUACUGGCCAGCGCGGGGCAGCGAGACGUACGGGCUGGUGCAAGUGUCCCUGGUGGACACCCUGGAGCUCGCCUCCUAUGCCGUGCGCACCUUCACGCUGCACAAGAACGGCUCCAACGAGAAGCGCGAGGUGCGGCAGUUCCAGUUCACGGCGUGGCCGGACCACGGCGUCCCCGAGUACCCGACGCCCUUCCUGGCGUUCCUGCGGCGCGUCAAGGCCUGCAACCCGUCCGAUGCGGGCCCCAUGGUGGUGCACUGCAGCGCCGGCGUGGGCCGCACGGGCUGCUUCGUCGUGCUGGACGCCACCCUGGAGCGCCUGCGCUCGGAGCGCACGGCGGACGUGUACGGCUUCGUCACGUGCCUGCGCUCGCAGCGCAACUACACGGUGCAGACGGAGGAGCAGUACGUGUUCGUGCACGAGGCGCUGCUUGAGGCGGCGACGGCGGGCCCCACCGAGGUGCCGGCGCGCACGCUCUACGCGCACCUGCAGCAGCUGGGCACGGCGGAGCCCGGCGAGAACACCACGCGCAUGCAGCUCGAGUUCCGGCGGUUGGCGCUCGGCAAGUCGAGCCCGUCGCGCUUCAUCAGCGCCAACCUGCCGUGCAACAAGUUCAAGAACCGGCUGGUGAACGUGAUGCCGUACGAGGCGACGCGCGUGCCGCUGCAGCCGAUCCGCGGCGUCGAGGGCUCCGACUACAUCAACGCCAGCUUCGUCGACGGAUACCGGCAGCAGGCAGCGUACAUCGCCACGCAGGGUCCCAUGGCUGAGACGACGGAGGACUUCUGGAGGAUGCUGUGGGAGCACAACUCCACCAUCGUGGUGAUGCUCACCAAGCUGCGCGAGAUGGGACGGGAGAAGUGCCACCAGUACUGGCCGGCGGAGCGCUCGGCGCGCUACCAGUACUUCGUGGUGGACCCCAUGGCCGAGUACAACAUGCCGCAGUACAUCCUUCGCGAGUUCAAGGUCACCGACGCCAGGGACGGGCAGUCCCGCACCGUGCGUCAGUUCCAGUUCACGGACUGGCCCGAGCAGGGCGUGCCCAAGUCGGGCGAGGGCUUCAUCGACUUCAUCGGUCAGGUGCACAAGACCAAGGAGCAGUUUGGCCAGGACGGGCCCAUCACCGUGCACUGCAGUGCGGGCGUGGGCCGGACGGGCGUGUUCAUCACGCUGAGCAUCGUGCUGGAGCGCAUGCGCUACGAGGGCGUGGUGGACGUGUUCCAGACGGUGAAGAUGCUGCGCACGCAGAGGCCGGCAGCCGUCCAGACGGAGGAUCAGUACCAGCUCUGCUACCGCGCCGCACUCGAGUACCUGGGCAGCUUCGACCACUAUGCAACAUAAAGGCCGCGUCGCCACGGCGACCCCACUUACAAGCCUCCUGAUUGGCCAAACGGUAAAACUUGAACCCGAGCCCUUCCUCCUCCUCGUCCUCCUCCUCGUUCUCAUCCUCCUCGUCGUCGUCCAAUCAAAAAUUGAGGCCUCCGUUUCCGGCGCAGUGUGGACCUCGGAUUUUCCUCGCCCCGGGCGGCGGGGGCGAGAAGACAGGCGGCGCUGGUGAGCACAGGCCGACUCUAUCGAACCGCUCGCCCGCCCGCCCGCUCGCCCGCCCGCUCGCUCACCCGUCCACCCGCCUGACCACUCGCUCGCCCGCCACCAACUCUCACCCGUGCCCCCCCCCCCCCUCCCCGUCUGCUGAGAACUCUUGGCGAUGUGCCCUUGUACAGAGCAGAAAGAGACGAAGCUAUUUUGUACGAAAGAACGGAACACUGGGGGAAGAAGGGGAGGGGCGGAUGGGGGGCGGUGGUGGGGGGUGAGGAGGGGGGCGGAGGAGGAGGAGAAGAACUGGCGUCAUUAACGCUGCACUCGGUCUGGACUUCGGCACCAGUUUGGGGGGGGGGGGUGGCGGUGGGAUUUAGAAGCGAAUAUUCUAAAGAACGAAAAAUCGGAGUUGCAAUUUUGUGGAAGCAACAAGAAGCAAUGGCAGCAAUGGCGGAACGAGAGUCGAGUCCCCGUGAACACAGCAGGACCACGCUUUCCUGUCGGCGAGCCGGGGAACCCCCCCUCCCCCCGCCACGAACGGUAUGGUCCGAGAGCACCUUGCCAAGACCACCGCCCUCCACACCCUCCUGCCCCCCCCCCACUCCACUAAACCCCCCAACCCAUUGAGCCGCCCCCCAAUCUCCCGGCACCCGAUUGGAUGCAGCGAUUCUUCGCGCUGCCAAGUCUGGAAAUGGAAAUCAACGGGCGACCGCUAAACGAUUGAAAUUAUUUUCUCCUUCUUUCCUUUUUUUAAUGUACAUUAUUAUUAUAACCAGCCUGUGCUUUUUAUUAUUGAGAGAGAUAAGUAACACGAAAAAUGUAAAUUUUUAAAGAGGGAAACUCUGUAAGUACACUUUUCCGCGUAGCAUCGCCGGAGUGAUGAGUUGGAGGUGGAGGGUUUGUGCGUGGUAUGUAUGGGGUGGGGGAAAGAGGUGGGUAAGGGGGGGAAGGUGGGGGGGGGGGGGCAGGGUUGGUUCGUUAAGUCCCUGUGCCUGUGCGUGCGUUCACUAGGGAAUAGAAUUCCCCGCAGUGUGGGGCGGGGGUGAUUUGGUCUCGGGAGGGGGGGGAGAGGGGUUGGGGUGGGUUAGGGGGGGGGGUCAUUCCUGGAUGCACAUUUUUUCCCGUGCAAUUCAUCGUAGCUGCCUCUUGUCGAGAGACGGACGCGCGACUCCCGCGCUCUACCCGACCGGUGCAUCCGCCGCCGCCACCACCACCACGCUGCGCUGAACACUCAACGACAACACACAAGCGGUCCCUUUUUUUUAUCGUUUUAUUUUUGUCAUUUUGUUACGGUAAUUAAGGUGCCCCCCCCCUCCCCCUUACCUUUUAAUCAUGCAAUUAUGAUCGACGCCGCCAUCGUUAAUUUUUUUUUUUAUCGUUAAACGUCGUCGUUGUCGUCGUUAUCGUUUCUCCAUUCGUACGGGGGACUCGGGUUAAGGAAUUGGGUGUACAGUGACUCGGGGCCCACGUGGGUUCACUCUGCAAAGGUUCGUCGUGGCCGUGGGGAGGUGGGGAGGAGGCCCUCGCGAGUUGCGGGCCACUGCGUCGCGUUGCGGGGCCUCGUACGACCCGGUGGGAGGAGGACGGGCCCUGUGCGUGCGAACCAAACACACCGCAACACCGAGUCACCUUCCCGGCGUGAGGCCAGGCCACUCCAUCCUCCCGAUAACCACGCCGCCGUCGUUUCUUGGUGCCGGCGGGAGGGGGUGCUACGGUCCCGACAAAUCUUCUCGACCUCACGCGGCACCCGCACCGCAACCACCGCCAACCAUCGCCACCACCGUCAAUCCCCCGGUCACACCAUCACCACGAGCCGCGCCGACGUCCGGAGUGGUCUCGCGCCAGGCCCGUGUAAGCCCUGCGUGUGUAUAAUCGCGUGCAACAACAAACAAAAUUAAGUUUGUAUUUUUAUUUCAUAUCUCUCUCGCUCCCUUUAUUUUUGUACUCGAAAUGCUUCGCGCUGAGAUUUCGUUCGCGGCAAUAUUAGCGGGCUACGCUUCUUACUUUUGGAGAUUUCCGCGGUCGUAUUGGCCUUGCCGCCGGUGGGCCGAUGACCCCGAUCGGUGGUCCUGCGGUUGCCGGGAGGAGUUUUUGACGUCGCGAGCCACAGCCGGGGGGGUCGCCACCCGCAGCCGGGGGGUCACCCCCCACAUCCGGGGGGGUCGCCCGUCGCGUGACCCAGAGAGGUCACCUCGCAGCCCUGGAGCGUGGCCUUGUGGGGGGGGGUGGGGUUGGGGGGGGAUGUUUGGGGGGGGGAACAUUAACAAACUCAGGGGUGGUGCACAACACGGUCGGAGUGACACAAGCCUGACACACACGUUGAAGUGCUGAACAGAGUGAGUCAAUCAAACAACACCCGGCUGUCGCCCCCCUCAUGUGUUCUGUAUGAAGCUCUGGAACUUAUUAACAAUUUAUAUGUUGGGGAGUGUAGUGCUGUGUCCCCUCCAGCCCCCUCCAUACCCCCAUGCUACAGGGCUGUGGUCUAGGGAAGCAACCCUCGGGGCCCAUAGGCCAUGCCUUGGGGGAUGGAGGGGGGGGGCUUGGCAUGUGCCCACUGGGCUUUUAUCGCCGAGGCUAAUGGGAUUGAAGAGGUCAGGGUGAUGAUGCGAACAGAGGGCACCAGUUCAGUCUCCCGGGGCGGCAGUUGAUACCAUGGCCCAAGUUUCUUAAUUACCCCCCCCCCCCCUCUGUCUCACCGCCACCUCCUCUAUCCUCCCAUAAGUUGUAGAUAUAGAUGCAACCACAGUUAUUCGAUCAGCAGGUCGCGUAUGGUGGGGUAAAGUGUGGGUACUCCCACCUCGUCUUUAAAGACGGUUUGGCCAUCGCGGAAGAGGAGGCCAAACACACUCUCUCGUUGGGGGGGGGGGGGUGGGGGUGCUGUCUUGAGCUCCCUCUCUAGUGGAGGCCUCUUCCGCCAGCCAGUCGCAUGAGCAAGGCAAAUCGCAGGGCUCCGCCUUCACCUUCUACCUGUGUGUGCGUGUUUUUGUCCGGAGUUUGCGAGCGCCACUCGCUCGCUCCGUGUAUUAACCACUCGUGCCAAAAGAACAGGAACUCGUCUUGCGUGCGUGCGUGCGCGCGCUCGCUGCGCCUCGAGGAAUCGAGACACAACGCAGAGCUGGGACCCGCCAUCCGUUCCACUGCAGGCCCAAACACCCCCCGGCGGGUUUCUCCGUUGGCGCUUGGUCUGUUGGCAACGACUGCAAUAAUAAAAAAAACCCACAACAGUACACCGGCACUAGAUCUUGGUACACACAACAAGCCGAUGCCAAGUUUUUGGACUCUUAGGGUGGAACCUGGACCAGGUGACGACCCCACGCAGAGCGGGUCGCGAUGUUAACUCGUUUGUCAAGUCGGGUUUAGGCCUACUCACUGACCCCUGACCCUAGCCGACCAGACAACCAGCCGUGAGCAGCAAGCCCCACUCCUGACCGGAGCUCCACCCUAACUCUACAUUCAUCAAUUCGCCUGACGUCGCCGUUUCACCGUCGCUCCGUUGUCACGUCCGGCGUCCAGAGAACCCACAGCUCCAGCAGCGGCGCUGAGUUCCUCGCUCAGGGGUGGUGGGCAGGCAGAGCCCCUGCCAGGGUACCCCCCCCCACCACCCCCCGCCCACCGAGCCAGGACUCAUUCAAAGUAGUUUUCUACGGAAAAUCGAUGUUCAGGGUCUCAAAGUGGAGGGGAGGGGAUGGGGGUGACAAUGCCCCCAUCCCCUCCCCCCCUACACCCCCCAUACCCACCCCCUUGUUGGUUCCACCGUUGAAUCUCAGAGGCCGUGCCGCAGUUAUGGUGGCGGCGGUGGCUGGCCCGGCUGCGUGGUGUUGGCCGCGAAUCGGGUUGACCCCCCGAGCGAUAACCGCCCCACCCCCCCCCCCCCCCAGUCCGUGCAGCCGCGGUGGAGAUGUAGGUGCCAAACCGGCGGUGAUCCGGUACAGCGCGGACGUUCGGCUGGCGCAGGUACCAAGCCGCUCUCGGGCUGCGACGCAGCGGGUUCCGGAAGGGGGAAAACGUCGCUCGAUCGCGUGGGUUUUUCGCGGUCGCGCCACGCGCGCGUUUAUCGGCGAGGGGGCGGUGGGGGGGGGUCCGGUUUUGGGAGAGGGUCAUGCUGCCCAACCGACGUUUCGGUCCCCGCCCCCCUGGGAGCUUCUUCGGAGCCCCCGGCUAAUUCUGCGCGAAGAUACCGCCGGGGCACCAGCAACCCCUGCGGUUGAGACGUGCCCAUCGUCUGCUGGGUGAAAAUUCAGGGUUCUGACCUUUCUGACCUGGGCCCAGUGGCCUGUGUGUCAGAUGAAGUGGGGGGUGGCAGGGGUCGGGGGCUUUGGAUUUGUCCAGCGGGGGCGGGCAGGGGAUACGUACGGGGUUGGGGGUUUGGUCUGCGAGGGGGUAGACCGUGGGGGUCGCGGUGGGGACUGCGGGGAUGGAUGUCUGCCGCACGGGUCAUUCCCUCUUCGUACCCCUGCCACCGGCAAGGCCUCUGACGCCGUCUGACUCCUCGCCUCCGUCGCUGCGUGCCAUGCGUCCGAUCAUGAUUAUAACGAUUAUUAUUAUAAUGAUUCAGUUUUUUGUAUAAGGGACGAAUCGUUUUUUGUUUCUGGUAUCAAUAUCGGUUCCGUUUAUAUUCACGACGAGUACCUCUUAGACAGGUAUAUUUUACCCUGAUCAUCUCUCUAUUUUUUUUAUUUUAGAUUUGCGCUAUCCCUCUCUCUCUCGCGUACAAGUGUUUAUUUGUUAGCCAAAUAUUCUAAUAAAGCCCGAGGUGUUAACAUCUCCC